AUAUUCUGGACCCAGUUGGCACGCUUCAGCACGCCACUCAAUGAACUUUCUCGUUCAGUGUGUUCGAUAAAUCCACUGAAGACCGGUCUCCGCAAAUCCGGCAGCUGACCAUGCAGUGGGAUGAUGUCAUCACACUUAUUCGCAUGCUCCCCAAAUUUUCACGUUUUCCCCUGCCUUCACUGUCUUCUGACCUCCAGAAGGCGGCUGAAGAUAAUCCAGUCAUCAUCGUCAAUGCUAGUCGGUACAGCUGCGACGCCUUGACUAUCCAUAGCGCGGAGAAUCCUGUCCAUGUUUCACUUGGCAUCACACAAGCCGAAGUGUCCGAAUUCUCCUUCGAGUUCCGAUCACUCGCAGAGCAGUUUGGUUCUUCUGAUAAUCAACUCAAGCUUCUCGGAUCCUUCACGAGCUUUGGAAUCAUAUUGUUGACCCCGUGGCCAAGCCCUUAGUGAGUUAAAUGUUUACCUUGGUUCGCUUACUUGGUGGUGUUCCACUGCUGAGUUCACGCUGCUUCUCCUCCAUGCAGAACCCUAUGAGAAGAAGAGAGACAAUUUGUCUGACAUUGACAUAU